AUGUGGAGAGUCACCUCGUGCUGCGUCAGCCGCUUGCUAUUUCGUGAUUAUUUGAGCUGCUGCUACGAGAUCAACGUCUCCCCUGGCAUCAGAUCUGACUCUGAACUACUCUGGCACUACGAGCCUACCCAGGGCGGCGCAGAAGAUGCUUCCCACUUCCAACACCCCACGCUCUUCCAGGACCACGUAAUCGCAGCCGAUUCCAGCAGUGCACCGAAAAGCGCGCUCUCAAACACGUGUGCGGCAAAUACGGACAUGAGUGCGCUACAUGUCGCCGCUCGGCCAGUGCACCACAGCUUGCUAAGCAACCGCCUGUUGUGGGGUUCUAGCUCCGUUUCGCGGCACGAAGGGUCCAUGGGGCGCGCCUCGAGAAACAGAACAGCUCAGGAAGCAGGCCGCAAAUUGGUGAUAAACUUGGACCAGCUGGAGAAGCUUUGGCACGAUUUGUUGGUCCAGCGACUGCCGGCAGAAUACGCGUCGGUACCCAUUGAGUUGCGAGGAAAGAAGGUCUUCCGGGAGACGAAAAUGUUAACGAGGAAGAUACUGGGGGUUGACGUGGCGGGGACUUGUUCUCCAGGUCCAUAUGCCCGCUACAAGCCGCCCGGCGACGUUCCCGCCAGCGACCGCAGCGAGAUAUCCCACCCCCGAGACCGCAGGGCCUCGAUGCCGGCCGCUGCGCACGCCCCAAAGAAUCAGUAUUCUUCCUCCUCUCUGUCGAGAACUGUCGAAGAGCUUGACUGGCCCCUCUCCCCGCUCCAGCUCGAUAAGCACUUCCGUAGUCAAGCACAUGUAGCCCGUAGGUCGCCCCAGAUAUUCCACGGUGCGACAAUCGGACAUUCGACGAGGCCGCAAGCGGCUCGUCCACCCUCAGAAAGUCUGGAAAUCACAAGUCCGGCUACCUCAGACGGGUGGUGCCUGUUGAGUAACAAGAACUCAGCCAGCUCCGGAGACUUGCUCGGGCGCUCCUCUUUGAGGUCUGUUACAGGUAGGACCCGUCGUUUGUCGAUGGACCCUUCACGUGUCCGCUUUAGUAAUAUCGUAGAGCACGAGCCACUUGAAGAGCGAAGGUCAGUUCAAGAGCGAAGAUCAGUUCAAGAGCGAGAGUCAGUUCAAGAGCGAAAGUCAGUUCAAGAAAGCGAGUCAAUUCAAGAGCGAAAGCCAGUUCAAGACAGGAAGCCAGAGGAGGGGAUCCAAGUUUGUCGAGUAAGUAGUAUAGUUAAUAACUCAUCCAGCAGUCAGUGCAGCAGUCAGUGCUUGGAUGAUGGUAAGACAAUUUUCUGUAGUUUGGAUGGUCCCGGAGCUUGCAACAACGUCCCGUUGCCCGGAGCCUGCAGCAACGUCCCUCUGCCCAAUGGAAUGAGGCUACCGGACAUUAGUGACGAUGACUGCAGCUCCUCGUCCAGUGGGUACGGGAGUGACUUCCGCACUUCGUCUGCAGCGUCAGACCAAAGUGACAGUAGACAAAUUGAUUUGUCAGUUGCCGACGUAUUCAGAAAAGGGCCGUCCGUAAGGCUUGAGCCCGGAACAAAGACGUCGCGCACUAAGCUCGAUCCGAACGAAGUAAACUACCCAGUUUCCCGGCCGUCUACGGCGUCUUCCUUGUCUUCUGCCGGCGGCUCUUCCGCGGGCACGGCGGCUGUGGUAAGUACUUAUAAGCUGUGUGUCCAUGAAUUGGAAACCCGGCAGGCAUUCGACCCGCUCCAUAAAUGUUAG